GCUGGGCGACCGGCCCUCAAUAUUGCUGGAGCCCGGGCACCAUGGGCCCAUACAACUCGCCGCCCUUGCCCGGGAGAGAUUUUUAGCAUCUUAAAAUGUCAAGCUACGUCAUUCAAGUUGCCAACAACAGUAAGGGAUGUGUCACCGUUGUUGUUAGUACCAAUCCAGUAUUACGAUCGUUGGGUGCAUCUCUGGUCGUGCCUACCUACGAGCUCCUCAAGUCAUUCUUCGCUAAAGGCGAGCGGAGAGUUUCACCAGGGGAAACCUCAGUUGUAAACGAAGUUGCUAUUUGGAAAAUGUUCACCUAUGGAGUUGGGUUGACAGGAGCUGAAUGCUACUACAUUACGGUGACCAGAGAGGAUGACGAGUGGGUGGCUGUGUGUCAAACUCCUCUGCAUUGCACCUGGAUUGUGGAUGAUGACAAAAUCUACCGGGAAGAUAAACCGUCGACAUGCAAACCAUUUUGUUUUGUAUCUGAUAAAUCCAGCUACAUCAUUAAAGUUACCAACAAAACCGAAGAAGUCAUCAAUGUUGUGGUUCAGGAAGGUCUGCUAGCCCAAGUGCUGAGUCCUGGAGGAAUUCUGAGCUAUGUGAGAGACAGCUACUUCAACUCCGGCGUUGCAGUUGAUCCAGGAAAAACAAAAACCGUUAAUAAAGUGAACCCCAAGAAUUUAUCCUCCUACAAAUCCAUCGGUAAUGUAGCAGGCAUGGUAGAUAUGUCAACCCAUUCUAUAAAGGUGAAAAGGGAUGACCAGAUGGCUCAGUGUAACACCCCUUUGCAUUGCAUCUGGAUCGUGGAGAGCCAUGGAAUGUGGCAAGAAAAUAAACCUACAGAAGUUUACAAAUUUCAGUAACAUGCUUUUCUCCUCGAUAUUAUUAUAAGCAAGCAGCAGAAGACGACCCCAAUGAAUAAGCCUAAUAAAUCCAUGGGGCUUCGCCAGUAUUUGCUUUAGGAGCCAACACAACAGUUGUGUGUGUCCUGGUGACUAAAUAUGUGAACUAAUGAUUUGCAACACAUAAUUUAUCUGACAAAUCUUUUCACUUUUCUUGAAUAAAUCACUUGCAAAUAAUUUGUCUUACUAUUUAGCCAGUUCCACCGAGGCAAAUAACAGCAAAAUAAGAAGUCAGCAGAAUGUAUUCACCGCUUCUUUGUGACAAUAUAAUA